AUGGAGGAUUGCAGCGUUUAUGAUGAUUCUCAUGUUCAAAAUGUCACUUGUUCUUCACAGGCUCUCGAUUCUAUCUGGGUUCCAAAUUCUUCUUCACCUUCUUUCCAUGUCCCUGCUUCCAUGGUGAAUUUCCAAAAUGCCCACGAAGAUCAAGAUCCUCCUCGAACACAAUUCAUCGAACAAGACGAUAACGUCGAGCAGAAUCAAAACGAGUUCGAAGACUUUUAUCCCCGGCCCGAAAAGAAGAGGCGGCUCAACCCGAACCAGGUCCGAUUUCUCGAGAAGAGCUUCGAGGUGGAAAACAAGCUCGAGCCCGACCGGAAAAUCCGGCUGGCUAAAGAACUCGGCUUGCAGCCUCGACAGGUGGCGAUUUGGUUCCAAAAUCGAAGAGCCCGGUCCAAAACCAAGGUUCUUGAGAAAGAAUAUGAUUCUCUGAAAGCAAGCCAUGAUAAGCUCAAGGCUGAUUAUGAUUCCCUUUUUGCAGAGAAUGAGAAGUUGAAAAAUGAGGUUCAGCUGCUGAGAAAGAAACUGAUUUCGAAAGAGGGUUUAGAGAAGGAGCCCGAAAAAUGCGAGCCCGUGAUAAGCCCGCUCGAUUUUCAUCCAAAGAUUACGUUUUUAUUGGGAAAUAGCGGCUCGGAGGUUGUACCCGAGACAGGGUACAAGCAGGAAGAUGCGGCCAGCUCGGCAAAGAGCGAUGUGUUCGACUCGGACAGCCCACAUUGUGCGGAUGGGAAUAACUACUCGCAUGUUUUCGAGUCGGAUUUUUCGCAAGACGAGGAUGAAAACGUUAAAAAGAGCCUCUUGCACUUGCCCAAAAUCGAAGUCGAAUGGUGUGGUGAUGAUGAUGAUUUGCAGCCAAAUUCAUGCAAUUUGGGGUUUCCUGUACAGGAUCAAGGCACUUGGUUCUGGCAAUAUUGA